AUGGCAACACACAACAGUGCACUCCCACCACAUCCAUUUGCAAAAGCAUUUCCGGAGAAAUACGCAAUUGAAUUAAGAAAUGCGGACAUCCGCAACGAACAGUAUGAAAGAGAACAAAUGAUGUACCAAAGAAUGAAAGAAGAAAGGUAUCUACUAGAAAGUCGAAUGGCAUAUCUCGACAUCUUCCCUAAGUGUCGAGGAUAUCAACUGCCGUCCCUAUUUAAUUACCAGCCUACGAUGGAUCGAGCGUACGAAACAACAAAAACUCUUCCAUCAUUUGGUGACUAUUUUGGGAAUGAUCCCGUUUGUGCAAAACCACCAACAGCAAGCGAAGGGAAGAAAGAUGUGGGAAGCUCUAUGACACAAAUCGAUAUGAAUCAAGACGAGGACACGGCAACAGAGAUUGCAAGCGAAACAGUCACUGAACAACUUCCAGUCCAAGAAAGUAUAGUGAACACUCCGCAGAAUGCAAAUAAGACUCUCUCACAAGAAAAAGAAGAGAAAGAACAAGCGACUGGGAAGAGAAAGAAGAGAGCAAAAGGUCGUAAAGAUACAAAGAGGAAAAAUGAGUCGAAAGACAAAGCCGAGAAACCAAAGAGAAAGAAAGAACAAAAAGAGGCCACAAAAGCGGUGGUGGGUGUGGAAGAGGGUAUUUCCCAAUUUUCAAAAGAUGACAUGACCUUGGCUGAAUUGAAGACGCCAGUGGAGAGUGAGAAAAGUGGAGCAAUAGAGAAAGACGUGAAACCACAUAACGAAAAAGGACUCGACAACACAAGUGGAAAAGUUGGGCAGAGGAAAAGAAAAAGCGCGAGGAAAGAUACGCUUUGA